GUUAGCAUUGAAAAGCUCCUUGUAAAGCUAUUAUAAAGCUGCUUGUAAAGGUUAGCAUUAAUAAGUUGGUUGCACAGAUAGUGGUUAACGUUAAGAAUCCACUUGUAGAGUAACUAAAUUGCUUGUAAAAGUUGGCGCUAAUAUGCUGUUUGUAAAGUUUAGCGGUAAUAAGCUUCUUAUAAUGGUAGGUAAUGGUAAUUUUGCUCCAUUUUAGGUUUGCUUCCCUCUACUCCACUUUAAGCAACUAAACAAGUACAAAAUAACGACGUUGUCAGAGGGAAAAGAGGGUCUAUAAAUACAAGUAAUUGUUUAAUCUUAGCUACAAGUCAAUAUUUCUUCUGUCAAGAAGAGGCCUGUGUAGUGUGCCUCCCUCCUGUGUGUAUUUUGUGUUAUUUAAGUCUGAAGAUAAUCUUGAUGGGCCCAAAAAACCUUGAUGGAAAAAGAGUCUGAAGUCAAAAACUAACAGAUCAAGCUGAAACAAAAUCGCUUGGAAGCUAUUAAAAUACUGGUCAAAAAACAAACAAAAAAAAAAACUUAUAGCAAUGAGAUAAAAUAGUGAUUUUACAAAAAAAUUAAUUUAUAGCAAAGAAUCACAAAGUGAUAUUUUACAGUGUUUUCCUAAAAGGUUUGAAUCGCCAUCUGUCUCUGGAACUCUCAUUUCUGGGUCAGGGGUGUGAGGUGUCAGGCUAGAAGUAGUGAACAGACAAACCCCCAAACUCGCUCUCAGACUCUGGGCGGAGGCCAGAAGGGUCACUGAUCGCCUCCUCCUCUGCCCUUCUCUAUUUCUGCCUACAAAUGUGCAAUUUCCCAGCAGUGCCAUCCCAACUGAAGGACUUCAGACUCACCACACAGACACUUUCAGGCUUCUCCUAUAAAACCAGAAUAUUCCCACCAAUUUUUUCUUUUUUUUGUUGUUUUUCCUGAAGAAUGCUUUUAACUCUAAAUAGUUUCUUUAUUUGCUGAUCUCUCCUCUCUCGACAGGGUUUUGUUCCCGUCAGGCUCAAUGGCAUCUAAAGGGUUGAAGUCGAAGGAUAAAAGCUCUGUUUUUGACCAUGGAUCUGUGGAAGCACCACCACCCCUUCGCAGCUACCUCUGUCUGACUGUGCUGGCCUGUUUCUGUCCUGCACACCCUGUAAACAUCGUGGGCCUGGUCUACUGCAUCAUGUCCAGAAGGAGUUACUAUCAAGGUGACUAUGAGGGAUCCCGGCGCUUGGGCAGGAUAGCUCUCCGCGUCUCCGUGGCGUCCAUCAUCAUCGGCCUUCUCAUCAUUGCCAUCAGCUGCAUCGUUCACUUCACCACGAUGGAAUAUUAAAGGUGAUCAGCUGAUCAUCUCACCUGGUGACAGACGUCCUCUGAUGUUUACCUGCGUCGACACACUACUUCUGCGGCUGUUUUCUGCACUAGCUAUCAAAGAGGGGACAUUUUUACUGUUUUAUUGAAGAAUAUUUAUGAUUGAUAAGGAGAAUUCUGGUAAUUCAAUAAGUAUCUGAUGAAAUAUUACAUUCAUUUUAUGUUUUUAACACUCAAACUCAUGUUUUAUUGCUUCUUUUCUUCAAAAUA